AUGUCUGACAACUCCUUUCUCAUCGACUUCAUGAUGGGCGGUGUCUCCGCCGCCGUCUCUAAGACCGCCGCCGCUCCAAUUGAGAGAGUCAAAUUGUUGAUUCAAAACCAAGACGAGAUGAUGAAGCAAGGUCGUUUGGCCAAGAAGUACGACGGUAUCGUUGAGUGCUUCAAGAGAACCGCCGCCGAGGAGGGUGUCUCUUCUUUCUGGAGAGGUAACACCGCCAACGUUGUCAGAUACUUCCCAACCCAAGCCUUGAACUUCGCUUUCAAGGACAAGUUCAAGAAGAUGUUCGGUUUCAAGAAGGAGGAGUCCUACGCUAAGUGGUUCGCCGGUAACUUGGCUUCCGGUGGUAUGGCUGGUGCCACCUCUUUGGCUUUCGUCUACUCUUUGGACUACGCCAGAACCAGAUUGGCCAACGACGCCAAGUCCACCAAGGGUGGUGAGGGCAGACAAUUCAACGGUUUGUUGGACGUCUACAAGAAGACCUUGGCCUCCGACGGUAUUGCUGGUUUGUACAGAGGUUUCGGUCCAUCUGUUAUUGGUAUUGUUGUGUACAGAGGUUUGUACUUCGGUUUGUACGACUCCUUGAAGCCUGUUGUUUUGGUUGGCCCAUUGGAGGGUUCUUUCUUGGCCUCUUUCUUGUUGGGUUGGACUGUCACCACUGGUGCCUCCACUGCCUCUUACCCAUUGGACACUGUUAGAAGAAGAAUGAUGAUGACCUCCGGUCAAGCCGUCAAGUACGACGGUGCUUUUGACUGUUUCAAGAAGGUUGUCGCUGCUGAGGGUAUCCCUUCCUUGUUCAAGGGUUGCGGUGCUAACAUCUUGAGAGGUGUUGCCGGUGCCGGUGUCAUCUCCAUGUACGACCAAUUGCAAGUCAUCUUGUUCGGCAAGAAGUUCUAA